AUGGCUCCAGCUCAGCGUUUGCACCACUUGCACCACUUGCUGGUACAUCUUUGUGCAAGCGAGGAGGAGGAGGAGCAUCGAAUUCCUUGGCCCACCACUAGCGAGUGCGUGACGGAGGGAGUCAAGGUAUUUGCCUCAAGCUCCUACGAUGCUCUGACCUCGCGACCUGAGAAGAAGCAUUGGCAAUGGAAAUAUGCCGUAACCAUCUCCAACGAAUCUCAGCAGUUGAUCCAGGUGCUGAGCCGUCACUGGAUCGUGACGGAUGCCACAGGCAAGACUUUUCAGGUGGGGCCCAAGGCCUACGGCGUCGUCGGGCAACAACCCAUGUUGAGACCUGGGGAGUCCUUCAGAUACACCUCGCUGUGUCCUCUGGCCACGGAACUGGGGACCAUGCAUGGCAGCUUUGAGAUACUGAUUCUGGAACCCGUCCAGAUGAAUGGCCAGCGUUUUCAGGCUGAAAUCGGGCGAUUUGGUUUGACCCUCAAGGGGGAAGGAUGCCAUGAUGCCCAUCGUCAUCGGUCAGAUCUGAAAUGGUGUUCUCUGUGUUUGCUUGUGAGGCCUGAACAUCAGCCGCUGUUGCCCGAGCCUUGUAAAUGCAUACCAGUGUGUGAUGAGGGCCCUCAAGGAGGCCCACCUGCCACGAUUCAUGGACCUGCCGGAGAGUUCCCGCUGGCCGCUUGCAAGUCUUGGGCCCUUCUGCCAACCAGCAGGUUGGAAAGCCGUGCCUUUACCACUUACACUGGCGAGGUGCAGGUGCACGACGUUUUUGGUCUACCCUCCACUGUCAAGAGGCAUGUUGUUCGGCUGGAUGUCGCUACAGACUCCUUGCUGACACUGCAGACCGAGGUGCACAGAGACACGCCCACCACUUUGGCAGUGGACAUCUUUCGCCACCUGGCUGCAACGGUGAAAUCGUGGUCCAGCUUCGCAGGCGAAAUAUGCUUGGAGCCGGUGGCGAAGACACCAAGGACGACAAGCCUUGCGCUUGUCCUGCUUGGUGCAGUGGCUGCCUGUGCAUCGCUGGCCUUUACCUUGGCUGCUCCAUCGAGGCCCAUGGCUUCCAACUUGCCACAGCACGCGAGACCUGCCAUGCUCGCUGGGCAUUUGGCAGAUGGCACGCCACUGCUGGGCCCGCGGGGACUGAUGCGGCUGGUGAGCUGCAACAAAACGGGCUUGAUGUUGAUGAUGGUUUUCUCGGUGGCCAUUUGCUUGUUCACAGCAUUGGAGAAACAAUUUGUCGGAGAACUGUCGCAGUACUGUUUCAUAGCCAAAAACAGGUCGGAGUUCUGGCCUCGCAUGCGCAAAGUUAUGGUGGUCCUGCUACUGUCACCUCUGUGCAAUUGGGCCUACCAGCUCAGCGCUUUGAAGACAAGCAAUGAUGUCAAGUUCUCGCUCCAGACAGCUGCAUUUCCAAGAGUUUUGGACUCGGGUACCUUUCCAGAGGGAGCAGCAGCCUCUUUGUUUACUGGGGAGCUCGACAAGCUUACGAAUAUAUCAGAAAAGUUUUUGCGUGGAGUAGUUGGCUGUGUCGUUUUUUCGUGCUUUAUCUGGCGACUGGUACGCAGGGGCAAUGCGCGCUUUCAGCGGAUCUUUGGGACACUUAUGCUCAUCGUUGUGGUUGGGGUCGGCAUCAGUGUGCUGUUGCAAGGCAAGGUGGGACCAGCAGCACGUGACGCCACAAGGGCAUCCAGAGAAGUUGCCAAUGUCGUAGUUGCUGAAGUCAACGUGGCAGAGGAAACAAGGGCAUACCAUGCAACGCUGGAGAGGGCAAAAAAGCUGAAAAAGGUGAUGUGGACUGGAAUUGAGAAACAACUUGAACACGGCAAGCAGCGGGAGCUGUGGAAAACUCUUGAUAGCAUGCGACAGAACGGGAACUUGAUGGCGAUUCACUUCCUCCUUGGCGUUGCUGUCAUGGAAGGGGAAUUUCCAUUUGCAGUUUACCAUGCGUCGUUUGUCAUAUCAAUCAACUUGGCAUUGUCGCUGCGAGAUUUGCUCCAAGGCCUGGCGCGUGUGAUCUGCAAUCCGCCGGAGCUGUUGCUCUUGGACGAGCCCACCAGUGCUUUGGAUGUGGAGUUAGAGAAGGACGUUUUCGAAACGAUGAAACGCUUGGCAAAGGAGCACAGCAUGAUGAUCCUAAUGGUGACGCACCGGGUGACCCUUGCUGAGCAAUCCGACCAGGCCUUCCUGCACGGUCUGCUCUCAGGGAAAGAUCAUCAGGUGGACAUUGUCUUUGACCUCGUCUCUAUGGAUGUGGUCUCCAGUCAGGUGGAUUCCAAAGUCUCCGAGGCGAAGUGCUGGCCCGUGCGCAUCGAUCUCACAGCAGUGCCAGUAGCUCGUGCAGCUUUGCAUUGGCCGUCGGUGUGUCCCUCGGAAGAUCGUUUGCCGAAGCCCAUUGGGUCCAAUGCCCGUCGCCUCGGCUGGGGGUCGAAGGGUGCAGUCGUGCUUGGCGACCGUGGUCUCGAGUUUUCAGGCGGCGCGUCGCACUUCGCGUAUCGCUUCGCAGAGGAACGGCCCUGGACGGCCUUUCAGAAGCCGUUGUGGAGCAGCACCUUGGAGGUGCCACCCAGGCUACAUCGCUUCGUUCGCUUCUUUAUGCGCGUCUCCUUUCGAUUUGCCAGCGGGCCCCUUCAGGCUGGAGGGAGAAUGGCAUGGGCUUCCCCAAACUUGCCGUGA